AUGGCACGCGUGACAAGCAGAGCGCAUUGGAAAGAUCACGCUCAUUAUGACUCGGUGGUGCCUACCUCGCGUGGUGACCAGCUUCAUCCUGAUCAGAAGAAGGAAAACUGUGUCGGCACCCCGACAUUCAGCCAAUCACUCUUCAGGGUGCUAUAUCCGGCAGGCAGCCGUCAAGCACCUUGGCGAAUCGGUGACUUGCUGAGUACGCAUCUCAGAGUCGUGAUUACUCCCGAUCAUGGCAACAAUUUAAUCAAUUUCUUCCAACUUAUUCCGAUCAGACAGUCUAAUUUGGCCCUCUUGCUGACGUGGCAUGACAGCCGAUCUCCAGACGAGAUAAUGAGACUACUGUUCACAGUGCCGGAUAGCCCUCGUGACUUCGUCGUAUUUAGUGCAACUUCGAGCGAAGUAUUCCGCACACCGACCGAGAAUUCCAUCAGGAUUGGAAAGCGGUUUUCGCCUUGUCAAGGCGAAACCGAUCAAAACAACUUUCUCAUCACAUCGCAGGGCCGAGGGCACCAGAACGGUGGAUCUGAGCUCGAAAUGGAGCCCGGAGACGGAGAAUUCUCAUCUUUUCGCCAACGAGCGAUUGAAUUUGGGAUAAACUCCGACCCAGACUCGCUAUCUCAUUGCUUCUUUGCACCAAGUGAAUCAGUUUAUAGGCCAAAAGCAACAUCCUACUUGACCGACUUUCUGACACUCCAAUUCUUCCAUUUGCUGUCCCUUUUCCCACCGCCAAAUAUGGCAUUCACCAGAUCUCCGCAUAGUGUCUCUCAUCUCUCUGGCUGGCUGCUGGACGGAAAUGUCUUUUACAGCGGUGAGGGAAGGAGACCUCAUCCAGCCCUAAUCUCUCAACACAUUCAUCCCUUCCCUAUUCGCAAAUUUGGCCCCAAAAGCCUUGCUGCAUGGUUGCUCCGCCUGCAGCCGAGUCUCCAACCACAUCAGCUGAAAGAUGCAGCAACACGCGAAAUUACUGAGCCUGACUUCUGGUUGGCACGUUACAUUGUGGACUUGUCAGGCUGCUGUGACAUGCCUGUUUGCCACCCAAACCCAGCUUGA